AUGGCCCCGACAAACACCCUCCCCGCCUGGUCGGAGCUCCAGGCUCACCGCGAUGACAUCGCCAAGAACUUUGUCCUUAAGGAAGCCUUCGCCUCCGACGCCGACCGAUUCAACAAGUUCUCCCGCACCUUCAAGUCCGACGGCGUCUCGGCCGACAUCCUCUUCGACUUCAGCAAGAACUUCCUGACCAACGAGACGCUCGACCUGCUUGUCAAGCUCGCCGACGAGGCCGGCGUCGAGCGCAAGCGCGAUGCCAUGUUCCGUGGCGACAAGAUCAACUUCACCGAGAACCGCGCCGUUUACCACACUGCCCUGCGAAAUGUCGGCGGCUGGGAGAUGAAGGUCGAGGGCCAGGACGUCAUGAACGGCCCCAACGGCGUCAACAGCGUCCUGCAGCACAUGAAGGAGUUCUCCGAGCAGGUUCGCAGCGGCGAGUGGGUGGGCUACACCGGCAAGAAGCUGACCAACAUUGUCAAUGUCGGCAUUGGCGGCUCUGACCUCGGCCCUGUCAUGGUCACUGAGGCUCUCAAGCACUACGGUGCCCCCGAUAUGACGCUGCACUUCGUCUCCAACAUCGACGGCACUCACAUGGCCGAGGCUCUCAAGGCCUCCGACCCCGAGACCACCCUCUUCCUCAUCGCCUCCAAGACUUUCACCACCGCAGAGACCAUCACCAACGCCAACACCGCCAAGGCAUGGUUCAUCGAGAAGACGGGCGGCAAGGGAGACGUGGCCAAGCACUUUGUGGCCCUGUCCACCAACGAGGAGGAGGUCACCAAGUUCGGCAUCGACAAGGCUAACAUGUUCGGCUUCGAAAGCUGGGUCGGCGGCCGCUACUCCGUCUGGAGCGCCAUCGGCCUGAGCGUCGCCCUCUACGUUGGCUACGACAACUUCCACAAGUUCCUGGCUGGUGCCCACGCCAUGGACAAGCACUUCCGCGAGACGCCCCUGAGGGACAACAUUCCCGUCAUUGGAGGUCUGCUCGGCGUCUGGUACGCUGACUUUUUCCAGGCCCAGACUCGCCUGGUUGCUCCUUUCGACCAAUACCUCCACCGAUUCGCCGCCUACCUCCAGCAGCUGUCCAUGGAGUCCAACGGCAAGGCCAUUACCUCUGACGGCUCCUCCGCCAAGUACACCACUGGCUCCAUCCUCUUUGGCGAGCCCUGCACCAACGCCCAGCACUCCUUCUUCCAGCUCGUCCACCAGGGCACUAAGCUGAUUCCCGCCGACUUCAUCCUGGCGGCCAAGUCGCACAACCCCAUCCACGACAACCUGCACCAGAAGAUGCUCGCCUCCAACUACUUCGCCCAGGCCGAGGCCCUCAUGGUCGGCAAGACGGACGACCAGCUGCGCGCCGAGGGCACCCCCGAGGAGCUCAUCCCCCACAAGCGCUUCCUGGGCAACCGCCCGACCACGUCCAUCCUCGUCGGCGACGUCAUUGGCCCUGCCGAGCUGGGCGCCCUCAUUGCCUACUACGAGCACCUGACCUUUGUCGAGGGCGCCGUCUGGGACAUCAACAGCUUCGACCAAUGGGGCGUCGAGCUGGGCAAGGUCCUUGCCAAGAAGAUUCUCAAGGAGCUCGACGAGCCCGGCAACGGUGAGGGCCACGACGCUUCCACUGGCGGUCUCAUUGGAGCUUUCAAGUCGUUUGCCAAGAUCUAA